ACUCCCCAAAUGGCCGCUACAGCCGGUGCACUGCACUGAUCCGAAGCCAGGAGCCAGGUGCUUCUUCUUGGUCUCCCAUGCAGGUGCAGGGGCCCAAGCACUUGGGCCAUCCUCCACUGCCCUCCCGGGCCACAGCAGAGAGCUGGACUGGAAGAGGAGUAACCAGGACUAGAACCCAGUGCCCAUAUGGGAUGCCAGCGCCGCAGGCGGAGGAUUAGCCAUGUGAGCCACAGUGCCGGCCUUAAAAAAGAAUUUUUAAAAGAACUGGUACCCACAUGGGAUGCUGGGGCUGCAGGCUGGGACUUUAACCCGCUGCCCCACAGCACAGGCCCUAGCUGAUGGGCUUCUAACAGCUCCCCUUUCAGCACUGCUGUCCAAGGGGUAUUCAUCAAAAAAACAGGCUGGUUAUCUCACAAUUCUGUUUGUGGAUUUGCAUCUCAUUUGCAUGAGAGGUGUCACAAUAGUUAGAAGUCCUCCCUGCCCUGUCCCCCCUCCCCUCACCUCCCUCCCAUCAGCCAAGCUUUUCCUCCUUGGGAUCCUGGCGGGCUGGGGAGCACCAUCUGGUCCAUUCCUCUGCCAAAGAUGCCUCUGCUGCUUCAGAGUGCUCCUUCCCACUGGCCACCACCGGGAGCACGGAGCAGGACGGGAGCCAGGGGGGAAGUGCCUGGAGGAGGAGCCCCAUGCUGCAGCCCCCUCUCCCCGUCUCAGGGUGGAGGCGUCUAAGGCAAGGGUCCAGGAAUGGGCAAGCGGGACUGGGGGCGUCCCUAGACCCAGACACAUCUUCUGUCUUCUGUGUUCAGCCCCAAAUUUAGCUGCCUUCUCGCCUCCCACGCCUGCCCACUGCUGUCUGGAGUACCAGGAGGCUGGCAGCACGAGAGAAGACUGGGCUGGGGAGAAGGAAGGUGGGCGCCCAGCGCUGGCGCCCUCAGCAGCCCGAGGAAAGGCAGGUCCCCGCUUGCAUCAAGGACCCAGGGGUCUGAGACGCUUCCUGUCACAAGGUCAGCGAGGGGCUUCCUGCCUCUACCCUGCCAGCCGCCAGCAUGCAGGACCCCAUGACGCUAGGCUCCAGCCAGUCCUCUGUCUCCACCCAGGAGCGGCACUCCGCCGCUGACCAACCUCUACCCUCCACGCCCCAGGCCUCAAAGCCCUUAGCCAUGACCCUCCCUGCCAAGUCCAAGGCUCCCAAUUUCCGUCGCAUGCGCCGGGUCAUUGCUGAAGAUGCUGAGUGGACACUGGCCAUCGUGCCUCUCCUCACGGAGCUCUGCAUCCAGCACAUCGUCAGGAACUUCCACAAUAACCCGAUCCUGAAGCAGCUGCUCCCGGAGCACCAGCAGAAGGUCCUGAGCCACCUGUCCCCUGACCUGCCGCUCGCUGUGACCGCUAACCUCAUCGACCACGAGAGCUACUGGCAGCGCUGUUGCAUGCAGCGCUGGCCGGUGUGCCACGUGGCCAAGCACGGCGGCAGCUGGAAGCGCAUGUUCUUCGAGCGGUACCUGGAGAGCCUCCUGAAGCACUUCAUCCCAGGCACCACGGACCCGGCCGUGAUCCUCGACCUGCUGCCGCUCUGCCGCAACUACGUGCGCAGGAUCCAGGUGGAUCAGUUCCUGCCGCCUGUGCGGCUCCCGCUCCCGCCUCGCACUGGGGACCAGUCGGACUCAGGCAGCGAGGGAGAGACGGAGGAACCCGUCAUGGACCACUACCAGCUGGGGGAGCUGGUGGCUGGCCUGAGCCACCUGGAGGAGUUGGACUUGGUAUACGGGGUCAAGGACUGUGGCAUGAACUUUGAGUGGAACCUCUUCCUCUUCACCUACCAUGACUGCCAAUCCUUGGCAGCCACCAUCAAGGUGUGCCACACCCUCAAGAUCUUCAGGCUGACCCGCAGCAGAGUGGAUGACGACAAGGCACGCAUCCUAAUUCGGGGCCUGCUGGACCACCCAGUCCUUGAGGAGCUGGACUUGUCACACAACCUCAUCGGGGACCGCGGUGCACGUGGCGCCGCCAAGCUGCUGAUGCACAGCCGCCUGCGUGUGCUCAAUCUGGCCAACAAUCAGAUCCGGGGGCCUGGUGCCCAGGCGCUGGCUCACGCCCUGGCGCACAACACCAGCCUCACUUCCCUCAACCUGCGCCUCAACUACAUCGAGGAUGAGGGCGGCCAGGCCAUUGCCCACGCCCUGCAGACCAACAAGUGCCUCACCACGCUGCACCUCGGGAGCAACGAGCUCUCCGAGCCCACCGCCACGCUCCUCUCCCAGGUGUUCACCAUCAACACCACGCUCACCAGCCUCAACCUGUCCUGCAACCACAUCGGGCAGGAUGGCGGCAAGCAGCUCCUGGAAGGCAUCCUAGACAACAAGACGCUCCUGGAGUUCGACUUGCGCCUGUCAGAUAUAGCCCAGGAGAGCGAGUACCUCAUUGGCCAGGCCCUCUGUGCCAACCGAGAAGCCGCCCGCCAGCGGGUCCUGAAUCCCAGCCACUUCAUAUCGUCCAUCACCGCCAGCAGCCUGGAGAACUCUAUGGGAUAAGACUGUGGAUGGGGGUGGCUGCUCCUGCCACCCCUGCCACACGCUGUCACGCUGGACCAGAGGGCGGGGGAGGGAAGACGCGAAGUUCCUUGGGCUGAGUGGUCAGGGUUGUACGGGUGAAGACGUUAGGCGGGGGUGGGGGGGGGCUGGGAUAGGGUCUAAAGUGGGGACCCAGGCAGUUCCUGUGCCCAGAGAGAGGGUACACCAGAACCCCCACAAAUGGCCAACUGCUUCUGGGAAUGGGGAAGACACAGUGAGAGUUUGCCUGUCCAGACUCUCCCAAGGGGGCUGUCCACAUCCCUGGUCUGAAGCCACCCCUGUCACUUUGCUGCUACAGGACAGAGCCUGGACCUUGCAACACACACACACUCUCACACACACCCCCCUCUGGGUACCGCAGAGCCCCCUCCCUGUCGCCUGACCCUGCCUUAAGUGAUCCAGUUCUACAGGUCACACCACCCCCUAGGCCCCCAGCUCACAAAGAGGACAACAGAGAUGACAG